AUGUACAAGGCCGUCAUCCUGCCGACACUACUGUAUGGAGCGGAGACUUUGACUGUGUACGCAAAGCAGGCACGUCGUCUGAACCACUUCCACCUCACUUGUCUUCGUCGCAUCCUGAGGCUAAAGUGGCAGGAUCGAAUCCUCGACACUGAUGUGCUGGAACGGACGGGAAUCCUCAGCAUCUACGCCAUACUGAGGCACAUUCAGCUGCGAUGGAGCGGCCAUCUGGUGCGCAUGGACGACGAGCAACUACCCAAACGACUCUUCUACGGAGACGUCGCGACGGGUUCUCGCCGUCAAGGAGGCCAGAUUCGCCGUUACAAGGAUACCCAUAAGUCCUCCCCGAAAUGCCUGCAAAUCAACCCGACCAACUGGGAGGAGCUCGCACUCCAUCGACCGACCUGGAGGAGGACAGUGAAGACAGGCGCUGCGAUAUACGAAGCCAACUGCAUCGCUGCCGCCAAAGCGAAACGUGAAGCCCGCAAAUCACAACUUCGCCCAGUAGGCAACGCCGCCGCACAAUCGCUUCCAACGUGUCCUCGAUGUCAACGGACAUUCCGGGCUCAAAUCGGACUUGUUGGACAUCUUCGGAUUAACCGCGCCUCUCGAACGGCACCAACCAUUGCCCCCCCGCCUGCCUCUUCCUCCUCCUCUCCGCCGCCAACUAACCCUGACAAUUCUUCCGACCCACCACUUCCAUCACCCUUUUCCUCCUACUCCUCCUCCUCCUCCUUCUCCUCCUCCUUCUCCUCCUCCUCCUCCUUCUCGUCCAGUGCUCAUACGGCGGACGCUCAGGCGAUUGUCCCGCGCACAACAACCAACACUACCACCACCUCCCCCGACUCCAGGGAUGAGGAUCAGGACUACACCUGCCCUCACUGCGACCGUACCUUCACCUCACACAUCGGCCUGGUCGGUAACUUGCGAAUCCAUCGCACAGAGACUGGCGAACCAGUGCCUGAAACACCAGCCUAUUCGGCCACAUGCGCAUCCACGAUGACCUGCGGUAGACAACCGCCGGCCACACCACACAUUCACUCACUCCCUUCGUCCUCCUCCACUACCACCAUCACCGCACCAGAAAUCAACUCUCACACACCUCAUGCACCCAACUGCCACCUCCCACGCAAGUGGGAAGUCCGCAUCUCGACUCGGUCCCCAUGCGGCUUCGGCUGCACGGGUGACUUGAGUCCGAGACUAUCCCGACACGUCAAGCGUCGUGGAUAG